UAUUUCACUUGUUUCACAUCCAUAAAUCAUGAUGAACAUGUGAUGAAGCUUGUAGAUGGUGGAGCAGACGUGCAGACAGAUGGAUGAUGCUGGUGGAUUUAAAGGGGCAGUGCAGUAAUCCUCUCAGAUGGAACUGGAUGAGCGGUUUUUAGCUUUAGAGGGAGGGAACAACAAAGAUGACAGGCCGGGCAGAGACCCCUUAUAUCUUAUGAUUGUUUGGUUUGUGUCAGCAGGAAGUGACACUAAUCUAAUUGUGCACUGAUAUUAACCACGCACUCUCUCUCACACACACACACACACAGACAAAACACACAUGCAUUGGACUCUCUCUUUGAUGCUUUGGUGGUGUGUUACAAAUGUGACUCCAGUCUUAACUGUGACUUAAUGAAAUCAGAGGAAGAUAAAGAAGUUAACUGCCACGACUUCACACCAACACUGACAAUAAUGCCAUUCAGUCUAGCGUAUAAUGCACACAAGGACACCCCCACUCCCCCACUCUGUGUGACAGUCUGAGACCCACUUUCGUCUUAGAUUCUGUCACACAAACCAUUCCAUCCUAGUUUUAGUCUAUUUAUCCGCCUGUCUGUCACAGGAGUUUUGCCUGAAUAAAAUAAUUUCAGACCCUCAGUUCUUGUAUGAGCCUUAUUUCAUAUUAUAUAUAAACAAGUGUUUUGUUUCAUUCACCUCACAUUCAGAUUCACAUUGUUUGGCUUAAGAGUACAGUAGGGGGAAAAAAAUGCAAAAGAAAAAAUAAAAAUAAGUGAAAAAGUAAAAUAACUGAAAACAUAAGAGAGAACAUUAGUCAAAGAUAUGAUGAAUGAUGUUUUCAUCUUCUAGCCCUGUGCUCUGAAACUCUGCUCUGGAUAUCCCUGCCUGCAAAAACCAGAGACCUCAUUUUUUAUACAUUUUUUCCUCUGUAAGUAAGUGUACCUGCCAAUAGAGGGGGAAAAUAAAAAUGGCCUUUUCUGGUUUGUUCGCUUAGUUUUCCUUAGCUAAGUGACACAUCACUGCUCAAAUGCAAUUCAUUAUGUACAACAUUAAGUGAACGCAUCAGUUUAGUAUAGUACUAAACAGUUCCAGGACUUUAGAGGCAACGUUUACGGGGUUAAUAAAAAGGCUAAAUGACAAAAGUAGUAGUGUGUAAGGCCAGUUCUUAAAUGACUUAGUGUGAGAAUAUUGAUAACUUUUAGGGUACGUGGCUAACGCUUCUAAUUAUUAGUUUGGAUUUCAUUUUCUAGUAUUUUAGUAUUACACAUUUUUACCUGUAACUUACUUACUACUGUCUUUGUUAAGGUACAAAUACAAAGAACACUUACAUCACAUCUGAUCUGAGUGUAAUUCAUAAAAGACAUUGGUUGUUUCCCGCGCAGCCACACAGAUAACAGUGGCCUGUCUUUGCUUGUUGUACCUCAUGUAUGCCUUAUCUUCUGUUUGCACUGUAAUCCACUCUGUCUACAGGAUGUAUCUAAACAGUAUGCUGACAUACGAGUCUGCGCUCACUUUCACUUUGCAAACAUGAUCACAGGCCCCAGGCCUUCAGCAGGACAGAUAAACAUUGUGAUCCAGUAAAAAAUUGACUUCAUUUAACCUCUCUCGCAUGCGCACACACACACACACACACACACACAUACACACACACACACACACACACACACACAGAAAUAUGCUUUCCAGAGCCCCACCCACUCCCAGUAAUCAAGCCAAUAAGAAACACUGAGGGUGAGCAAAGGGCUGCUCUUAUCUUACUUUUUAUCCAGCGGAGAUCACACUUAUAUCUACUGCUGUCUGAUGGCUGAAUGACAUCAAGAGAGAGAGACACACAGAGAGAGAGAAAGAGAGAGACAUAGAGAGAAUGAGAAGAGGUUAAGCCAGUCAACCGAGCUGAUUAUAACUCGACACAUCAGAGACUUGUGGUCCUGUUUGUCCCAGUGGUGGUGACUCUGCAGGAGCACAGCUGACCACUUUAUCCACCUCCCCUCCCUCUUCCACUCACCGUUUUACCUCUGUCUCCUGAAGACCAUGGAGGAAGUCACCAACGUCACAGAAACAGCACUGGCCCUGCCACCUCUCCUGGAACGGCGGGUACGCCAGCGACAGCCCACAGUUUCAGUCCUCAAAUCCAAGCUGAAGCAGGGUGUGACCUGCUCUGUACCCAGAGUCCGAUCCACCCUGACAGGGUUCUUCCCUGUGGUGAAGUGGCUGCCUAAAUACAAGCUAAGAGAGUAUGUCUGGGGAGAUGUGAUGUCCGGGGUGAUUGUCGGUAUCAUCUUGGUACCACAGGCCAUUGCCUACUGCCUGCUGGCAGGCGUGGAGCCGAUCUAUGGCUUAUACACCUCAUUUUAUGCCAACAUCAUUUACUUCCUCAUGGGGACUUCCAGACAUGUUUCUGUGGGGAUUUUCAGCCUCAUGAGCCUCAUGAUUGGACAGGUGGUGGAUAGGGAAGUGUUCCUGGCUGGUUUUGACCUCAAUGAUGAUUUCAAAGCAUCUGCACUUCCUGAUGUGUUUAAUGGCUCAAUAGACACCAACCUCACAGUUGGUAAACUGCACACUGUGGAGCUAAUGGGCCAGCAGUGCGGGAAGGAAUGUUACGCUAUCAGUAUCGCUGCUGCUGUUACGUUCCUGGCUGGCAUCUACCAGGUCAUGAUGGCUGUGUUUCGGUUAGGCUUCGUCUCUGUAUACCUUUCGGCCCCCAUGCUUGACGGUUUUGCCACGGGAGCCUCUUUCACCAUCCUGACCGUGCAGGCUAAAUACCUGUUAGGUUUAAAGAUUCCCCGUCACCAGGGAUACGGCACAGUGGUUGUCACCUGGAUCAACAUUUUUGCUAACAUUCACAAGACUAACCUGUGUGAUCUCAUCACCAGUGCCAUCUGUAUUUCCAUAUUAGUGGGAGGGAAAGAGAUCCAGGAGCGCUACAAGGAUCGUUUGAAGAUCCCUCUGCCGACCGAGCUGGUAGUAGUGGCAGGAGCCACACUAGCCAGCCAUUUUGGGGAGCUGAACAGUAUUUAUGGCUCCAGUGUUUCCGGUCACAUCCCCACAGGGUUCAUCCCUCCACAGGUGCCCAGGUUUGGUCUGAUGUCAAGAGUGGCACUGGAUGCCAUUCCGCUGGCUGUCAUUAGUUUUGCCUUCACUGUGUCACUGUCCGAGAUGUUUGCCAAGAAAAACGGCUACACGGUUCGUCCCAACCAGGAGAUGCUGGCCAUCGGCUGCUGUAACAUCAUCCCCUCCUUCUUCCACUGUUUCACCACCAGUGCAGCUCUAGCAAAAACCAUGGUGAAGGAUUCAACGGGCUGCCAGACACAGGUAUCAAGUCUGAUCAGCGCCAUGGUCGUCCUUCUCGUCCUCCUCUUCUUUGCACCUUUCUUCUACGCUCUCCAGAAAUGUGUUCUUGCCUGUAUCAUCAUUGUCAGCCUUCGCGGGGCACUGAGGAAGUUCAAGGACGUCCCUGCUAAGUGGCGCGCUAGCCGGAAUGAUGCCAUCGUUUGGCUGGUCGCCAUGUCGGCCACGGCUCUGAUCAGUGUGGAGGUGGGCCUCCUGGUCGGAAUCAUCUUUUCCAUGAUGUGCAUCAUCUAUAAGACCCAGAACCCUAAAGUCUCUCUGCUGGGCCGGGCCAGCGACUCUGAUCUUUACGAGGAUGUGGAUGAGUACAAAAACCUUAUGCCUCCGCCUCGGGUUCAGGUCUUCCGCUUCCAAGCUCCUCUGUACUUCGCCAACAAGGACACCUUCCUCAAAUCCCUCUACAAAGCUGUUGGAGUUGAACCUUUCUUGGAGAUGACUAAGAGGAGAAAGGCAGAGAAGAAGGCCAAAGAGAUGUCCCUGAAGCAGGCCAAGGCAAAUGGGGAUAAAAACAAUGGGGAGGUUGUUAUUGGACUUGUCAAAAGAGAACUGGAAUUCCACACGAUAGUUUUAGACUGCGCUGCCAUUCCUUUCAUAGACUCAACAGGCAUGGCAACGCUCAAAGGGCUGGUUAAGGAAUACAAAGAAAUAGGGGCAUGCAUACUCCUCGCCAGCUGUAACACCUCCGUCAUUGAUACCCUGCAGAAAGGACAAUUUUUUGGGAAGAAUGACAAAGACAUGAGCAGCCUGCUGUUUCAUACAGUUCAUACUGCAGUUCUUUAUGCAAAUAGUACAUAUGCAGCAUUAGAGAGGUCAGAAGACUCUGUGGUGUAGAACAUCUGAAGGAAGAAGGGAAUUCUUCUCUUUUCUGAGCCUAAAAGUGAUUUUAGGUAUUUAGGUUGCCAUCUGGAACAGUACUGCAUUAGGUAGCUUUGAGGUUGCCUUUUAAGGAGCUUUGUUCAGGAAAACAUCAAAUUAAGAAGAAUAUCCUAUCAAGCUGAUUUUUUAAAUUUUUUAAAGCCAUUAUACCCAGACCAAAUAAACCUAAUCUGUCCAACAAGCUAGAUUUAAGGAGAAAUUUCACUGCUGGAGUCAUUUCAUAAAACUAGGCCAUCUAUGUAGUGAAAAGAUAUCAAUAUACAACAGCCAGUAUCCAUUACACACUUGUCACUUUUCCAUAAAAUCAAGAACAAACAAGUUAGAAAUGACCCGCAAUUGUUCGAAUGCCCCACUCGAAUACGAACUCUUCACCCCACGUUUGAACGAAUGUGUUUGAAUUUCGAACAAAAAGUGAUAGCCUUAGUGCCUUCCAAGGCCCCUCUCAGACCACCCCCGUUAUGGGUACAAAAUAAGUAGAGGCCUGUUUCUACUCUAUACGUUUCCUAACUCCAUUGGGCUCAUAUAUAAUAAGCAGCCCUGAAUAUCUGAGUGUGACACUGGUAAACACUGGUAUUUUAAUAUCAGUUUUUCUCUAACACUGAUAGACUGUGUUGCUAACCUUCCUCAUAGGCGGGCUAUGUAAAAAGCAGAGGUACAGAAUGUGGUUAAAUCACCCCUCUCUGACAAUCUGCGGUAUGUGUCUUCCACUGGAUUUUUGCAGUUUGACAUUGAGCGAAAUUCAAUGUCUUUCAUACACAUGUACGCCCAACAUUGAAAGAUGAGAACCAGGUUGAAAAUCUGUGAAGUUGGCAGUCAAGACAGAGUAAACAAACAUGUUCCCUGAUCAGCAAAUACUACCAUGGCUGAUGGAUGAUGAGCUAUUUUGCCAAAUUUAUAGCCUGUCUGUACCCAUAAAAGUUGAAGCAUAUUUCUUUUAAGUAAUUUUUUAGGCAGUUUUUGCCUUUAUUUGGAUAGGGACAGGAAAGUUGGGGAGAGAGAGGGGGUGACAUGCAGCAAAGGGCCAUGCGUCGGACUUGAACCCAUGGCUGCUGCGGGAAGGACUGAACCUAAGUGGUACGCGCUCUACCAGUUGACCCACUGGGGCACCCGGAUGCAUAUUUCUUUGUCGACUGUUACCAGAUUUGUUACACCUUUGGUUGCUAUGGUAAUUAUGUUUCAAAUUUAGAUACACAUAAAGGCAUGGUGAUAUGAUUGUUUUAAGCUGCUUGCGUCAUUUCAUCUGUAAUGGACUGUGCCAGUCGUGCUCACUUGUGUUGCCUUCUCCCGUUACCUUUCCUCCUGUAUUUUCCUCAUUUCCUCUAAAUAACUUUAAAUCUGAACACAAGUAAAAAUCGGGGGAAAAAGAAACAUGAAGUAGGAAAGACAAAUGGAACGUAUCCAUGGUUUUGUACAACAGAUUGUCUGUGGCUUAUCUUUUAAUGUAGAUGUUGGGAAUCACAGACACAGCCUAACCCUAACCUUGAUCAGUAGCAACAGUGAUAUCAAUAACUGAGGUGUAAUAAAUGUUAUAUAAAUUUAAUGUGUACGUUCUUGUUAGUUUAGCGCUUUAUUUCACAGUUGCUUUGGUUGUAUGUUAAUGGUCACAAAUUUAGCUUAGUUCUUACUCUUACUUAGUUCCUACUCAGUUGUUGAUUUAUAUCUGGGUUUUUUAAACACUUGUGUCACUAUGUCACUAAAGCUCUUUCAUCAUUUUAUAUCACUUUAGACCUUUGGCAAAGUCCAUAAGAGCUCUAAUCCAUGAGUCCAGAAUCCAGGCUAUCAGUGGUAUUUCCUGAGGUGCAAACUAUUACCCUGGACCUCAUAAUCAUUUCUAAAAGGUUAGUUAAACUGUUCCCAACUUAAAGAAGCGUUUGUGUGUGGUGAAAAGAAAAGCUUUACGUGACUCAUGAAGACUGCAUGCUUUUCCAGCCUUGUCUUUAUACAAGGGCUCAUUACAACAUACUUGUACUCUUGCCCUGUUCUCUGGUCUCCCAAUGGGAACAGCUCUAUGAUCUGUUCUUGUAAAAAUGAAGGAUUUACACACACCUGAGAUAUCCUCUCAGAUGCUGAAUGAAAGCAAGCAACCACUGGUGCUUCUGAAAAGUAUAUUUUUGCUUACUGAUGGCAGCAGGUGAUGCCACAUAUUUGGUCGAAAUGUUUCACUGCCACUGGUUUGUUAAAUCAAUUAUUUUGUGAUGUGCAAAAGGUGAGCACACAUCGUCUUAUUGUUAAAUCACAGUUUUUCUUACAUGUUUUAUGAUGUUAGUAAAGAGUGAAAUCUAGAUUAAAAAAAUAACAGUUUAAUGUAAAUACUCUAACUUGACUUGAAUUACUUUAAAAAGGAUGUAUUUUUAUUUAAUGUGAACAUGUUUAUGUCAAAAAUACAAACAGGUGAAGUGACAUUGUAAUAAGAUGUACACUUUCUGGUUUGUAAGUUUAGAACAUAAUUGUUUUGUACUUUCAUACACUCAUUUUGUCAUCAAGAGCUGACACCUAUUAAUUUAACUUGAAUCAUGGUUGUAAUUACAUUUAAUUGUUUUAAGGGAAGUCUUUUUGACUUUCAUUUUAGACAUAGUGUUGACAUUCAACAUCCAUAUACAAACACUGCCUUAAUGUUCAAUACUUGAAAUAAAGUGAUAAGUUUUUUAUGAA